AUGGGUGGCGAGGCCGGGUGCGUUUUCGACGGGGAAUCAUCUGGGCAGGAGACCCCCGUGGGUUUCCGCGAUUCACCAGGUCAAUGGUACACAGCCAAUCACCGCAAGCGCGCCGCGUUAUCACAGCUGGAGGGAGACCCAACGCAACGGGAAAGCCAAGCGAUCCAGGUAGCAACGGAAGCUGUUACGCAACCUAUUGAGGGUCUGGCGCCUGUGUUCGUCGCCGCUACGCCCUCUCAGGAUGAGAUCCACGAUGAAGGCGAAGUGGACGAGGAAGAGACGCAGAUCCGGAUGACAAAUUCCGAGGAUCAAGACGAAGCACCCAAGCCAGAACGAAAAAUCUUUGAGGAGACAGUGCCAUUGCCGAUAGCAUCGGCAGCAAGCGGAACUUUUGACGACGCUAGAAUGGGGGACAGUGAUGACGAUGCCGACUCGGACAUGUCGGACGACAUGCUGGAACAAGACGGUUCUGUUGCCGGGCUCUCCUCCAUCGCUGCUUCCUUUCAGCAGCGAGUGAAAGAAGCAGAAGCUGUGGAAAAGAGAGUCUACAAGCCUCGCGCUCCGUUUCGAACAUCUCCAGCUCUUCCAACUCGCGAUGAAGGUGACAGCAGUGGUGGCGAGACAGAGAUCGAAGGUGAGCCAAAGGAGGAGUCGCCGAUGAAGAGCCAGACAGCAAAUGAGAAGAAGCAAUUAUUAUUUAAGGACAGCUUAACACCGCGGCUUACGAAGAGUGCAAGCAACUCAAAGUCGACUACAAAAGAGGGUUCUCCUAUUGCGGACACAAAAAGUAUACGACGGUCGCUUUCGACACCAGACAACACACAAAGCCCAACCUUACGGCGUCAUAACUCCAAGCGUGAACACAGAGAUUCCUCGGACGUUAGUGACUCGAGGACUAAGCGAUCCAAGCGCAGUGAGGAGGCUGAGUCAGUCCCUGACCUGGUGACUCCGUCCGAGAAACAAAACGCAUCGGCGAAAAACGGCGACGAUGUUGAACACGAUCAAUCUACUGCACGUCGACCUAGCUCUGACGAGCUGUCCACUGAAGUCGAGCUGGUUGAAGAGGAUCCGCCAGCGUUGGCGCGGUCCAAGGUGCGCUCGCAGCCCUCAAAUCGUGGCAGGAAGCGAGCUAUAAACAGCCAGUCGAUUACUGAAAGUGAGCCUGCUGGAUCACAAGCUGAGGUUGGAUCUAUCCGUAUCGUUCUGACGGGACUGGAGCCCACCGCUGCUGUCCGAAAGAAGAUCAAGGCGAUCGCCGGCGCUGUCUACGAGAGCGACGUCACGAAAGCCACGCAUGUUAUUGCUCCUCAGCUGAAGCGCACGGUGAAAUUGCUGUGUGGUAUUUCGUGCUGUAAACACAUUCUGGGUCAACGCUGGCUAGACGAGUCGGCGCGGUUUGGCGCAGCGGUCGAUGAACAAGCGAACUGCCUUCGAGACAAGGAGGCGGAAGGCAAGUGGCACUUCGAUCUGAGUAACACAAUGUAUGGUGUGUCAACUGAGCAGCGCCAGCGUCUAUUCGCUAACUACAACGUCUUUAUUACCAACCACAAGUCCGUCCUACCGCCAGUAAAAGACCUGGUGAAGAUCGUGGAAUGCGCAGGAGGCAAGGCGUUAUCCAAAGGAAAGCCUGGAGUUAAUGAUCUAGUGAUCACUAGUGAGGCAGCGCUGGCCGUGGCGACGGUGCGCAAGCAGCUUGCAACAACACGUUGA